AUGCUCGAGCCCUCGAGUUACACGGUCGGCUGGAUCUGCGCGCUUCCCACCGAAUUCAACGCGGCCAAGGCAUUUCUCGACGUCACACACCUGGGCGUCCCGUACACAUCGCAGCACGAUAACAACAGCUACGCGCUCGGGCGCAUAGGCCCGCACAAUGUGGUCAUCGCGGUGCUGCCGGACGGCGAGUACGGCACGACGACGGCCGCGACGGUCGCCCAGGAUCUGCUGAGGAGCUUCCCCAACGUGCGCAUAGGGUUGAUGGUCGGGAUCGGGGGCGGUGCGCCGAGCUCGCGGCACGAUGUCCGCCUCGGGGAUAUUGUUGUGAGCAGUGCCGGUGGUGGGAAGGGGGGCGUCUUCCAGUACGACUACGGCAAGGUCAUCCAGGGGCUCGACUUUCAGCAUAACGACUUUCUAAAUCGGCCGCCGGUGCUGCUGCGGACGGCUGUCAGCGCGUUGCGAAGCCAGCACGAGAUGGAAGGGAGCCAGCUUGAUAACAAGGUAAAGGCGGCACUACAGCGAUGGCCCCGGCUCAAGAAGAAAUAUUCCCAUCCGCCAGCGGACAGCGACCGACUCUACCUGCCGGACGUGUUGCACCGCGACUCCGACACGGCAAGUGAUGACUGCGCGAAGACCUGCGGUAGUGAUCCGGCGCGGCUUAAGACCCGAGCUGCCAGAGAGGAAGACGAAGACGAUCCGCAAGUGCACUAUGGUCUCAUUGCGAGCGGCAACUCGUUGAUGAAGGAUGCCACGAUCCGUGAUAAGAUGGCCGAGGAGAAGGGAGUGCUUUGUUUCGAGAUGGAAGCAGCCGGGCUCAUGAAUCAUUUUCCUUGCCUCGUCAUCCGAGGGAUUUGCGACUACUCAGACACGCACAAGAACAAACAGUGGCAAGGCUAUGCUGCAAUGGUUGCUGCAGCGGUGGCUGUGGACUUGCUACGCCUCGUCUCGGCGACCAAAGUGGAACACGAGACCCGCCUCAAGGAUACUAUGGAGAGCAGUUACUUGGACGUGACGGAGACGAGAGCCGCUGUGAAAGCUGCUAGUACCGACCAACAUCUCGGAAAGCUUCGCCGGUGGCUAUCGCCGCCAGACCCCUCCACUAAUGCAGCCGCGGCGAGGGAGCGGAGGCAUGCCGGAAGCGGCAGCUGGCUGCUCCAAAGCGACGCAUUUCGGCAAUGGCAAUCUGGCCGGCUGCGGUAUCUGUGGCUCCAUGGCCAGGCAGGCUCCGGCAAGACGAUCCUCAGCACGACUAUAUACGACCACCUCGAGCUGGCGGACGAAUUCACUCUGCUCUUCUUCUAUUUCGACUUCAGAGACGCAGGCAAGCAGUCGCUCGAAAGCCUUCUUCGGUCACUAGCGUAUCAAAUGCACCAGAUGGGCCAUGAGCCAUCGCUGAUCGUUAAUCAGGCUUUCGAGUCGCAUGGGUCGGGUAGACGAGAGCCUGACUUGACUGCCCUGUCUCAAAUCGUUCUGGCGGCCAUCAAAGCUACGCCCAAGGCCGUGCUCGUCCUUGAUGCUCUGGAUGAGUGCACGACGCGGCGGGAGCUGCUGCAUUGGUUGAGAAGUAUUGUUCAGAGCCUCGGGGAAGGUGAUUUCAAGCUCGUCGUGACCGCGAGACCGGAGCCCGAGUUUGAGCGAGAAGCGCCCCGAGUCUUUGGUCCCGAUAAUUGGGUUGCCCUAGAUAAGACCGCGGUGGACGCCGAUAUUCGCUCCUACGUGAUGGCUGAGCUCCAGGAACCCUGCUUCUCUGAGAAGGGCAUUCCCCAGAGUAUUCUGGACAGCAUCGCAAACAGGGUUGGUGACGGAGCGGACGGCAUGUUUAGGUGGGCGUUCUGCCAAAUGGGUGUCCUGGCAAGGUGCCAUCAUGCUGAAGCCCUUGAGGCAGCCUUGGCGAGUCUGCCGAGAAGUCUCACCGAGACGUAUGACCGUAUGCUGGCGACUAUUCCAGCGGAGCUCAAGGACGAUGCGGCUAGACUCCUGUCAUUCAUCUUGUCCACAGACCGGCCUUUGCCCGUUAAGGCUGCGAUUGAUGUCAUCGCCACACGCAUAGACGGAGAGCAGAACAAGCGGGGCUUCAACCAAAAGCGCAGGCUGUUUCGAGAGGAUGACUUGCUUGAGUACUGUCCAGGGUUGAUAUCAUUUGGGAAAACCUGGGACUGCGACCGAGUUGUUCACCUUGCCCAUUUCUCCGUCAAGGAGUAUCUUCUUAAGCAGGAUCGAUUCCAGCAAAUUCUCAUCAGCCAAGAUGUAGCCCUAGUCUGCCUUAACUACAUGCUGCCACCCACAAAAGGAGCCAUAGCAUGGUUGCCACAUACUUACUGGACCGAUGGUCUAUGGGGCUAUCACGCGAGGAUGGCCCAGAGUUCGGUGGCCGUGGUGGAAGGGGUGUGCCUUUUCCUACAAAACGAAGGAAUGAUCCGACAAUGGCUUCAUUGCCACGAG